AUGCUGCUGGGUGUUCUCCGGCAGCGGUCGCGGGCGGCCGGAGAAGUUGGGCUGGAACCGGCAGCGCCUCGUUCCGCCGCGCUGAGCAGCGAAACCCGGGCGAGGGAAGCGGCAGCAGCUUCCAAACAAUUUGCUGAAGAAGUCUUGAAAGCACACAAUGACUACAGGAAGAAACACGGAGUCCCCCCAUUAAAACUCUGCAAGAAGCUAAACAGAGGAGCCCAACAGUAUGCAGAAGAACUGGCUUCCACAAGGGUCCUCAAACACAGCUCUGAGUCUGCCAAUGGAAAAUGUGGAGAAAACCUAGCAUGGGCAUCCUAUGACCAACCAGGAAAGGAUGUGGCUGACAGAUGGUACAGUGAAAUAAAGAACUAUAGCUUUCAAAACCCAGGGUUUUCUUCUGGGACAGGUCACUUCACAGCAAUGGUUUGGAAGAACACAAAAAAGAUGGGAGUCGGAAAAGCAUCUGCUAGUGAUGGCUCCACAUUUGUGGUGGCUAGAUAUGAUCCAGCUGGAAAUGUAGUCAAUCCAGGCUAUUAUGAAGAAAAUGUCCUUCCUCCAAGAAAAUAACAUUUAUUUUUUUUUUAAGGUAGUCUUAUUACUUAAUGGCAAGUGAACCUGGAUUUGGACUUUACAGUGUUUAGAAUGAAGUAGGAUUCAAUGAAAUUUCCUGUUGGAUACUGCCGUUCACU